AUGGCUAAUCAACAGCACCCGGCCCUCAAGACGCCGUUCGGCACGCGGGCCCAGUCGGCCAACCACCCCUUGUCGUCCUACCUGCUCCGGCUCAUGGAGCUCAAGCAGUCGAACCUAUGCCUCAGCGCCGACGUGACGACCGCCCGCGAGCUCAUCUACCUGGCCGAGAAGACGGGCCCAUCAAUCGUGGUGCUCAAGACUCAUUACGACCUGAUCUCCGGGUGGGACUACAGCCCCAAGACGGGGACGGGUGCCAAGCUCGCGGCGCUGGCGCGGCGGUACGGCUUCCUCAUCUUUGAGGAUCGCAAGUUCGCCGACAUCGGCAAGACGGUCCAGAUGCAGUACACUGCCGGCACCGCACGCAUCAUCGAGUGGGCCCACAUCACAAACAUCAACAUCCACGCCGGCAAGGACAGCGUGCGCGCCCUGGCCGAGGCCGCCGCCAAGUGGCGCGAGCGCAUCAAGUACGAGGUCAGGACCUCGGUGUCGGUCGGCACCCCGCUGUCAGACAGCUUCGAGGAUGAUGAGGAUGGCAACGGCGCCGGUGUCGGCGGUAUCGGUGGGAGCAGCAGCAGCAUGGCGAGCCCGCCGAUCGCUGGGAGCAGCAGUAGCGGCGGUGGGCCGCCUCCGUCCAUGUAUGGGCGCGACGCCGACGGGCGCAAGGGCAGCAUCGUGUCGAUAACGACGGUGACGCAGUCUUUCGAGCCGGCAGACUCACCACGGCUCUCCAAGAGUAUGUCGGGCGAGGGCGUUGACGACCUCGUAUUCCCGGGCAUCGAGGAGGCCCCGAUGGAGCGCGGCCUGCUAAUCCUGGCCCAGAUGUCGAGUAAGGGGUGCCUGAUGACACCCGACUACACGGCGGCGUGCGUCGAGGCCGCACGGGAGAACAGGCGGUUCGUCAUGGGGUUCGUGGCCCAGGAGGGUCUCAACAGCGAACCCGACGACGACUUCAUCACCAUGACGCCCGGCUGCAAGCUGCCGCCGCAAGGCGAGGAGGAGAAUGGUCCGCUGGAGGGCGAUGGGCUGGGCCAGCAGUACAACACGCCCACGAAACUGAUCGGGCUCGGCACCGAUAUUGUCAUUGUGGGGAGGGGCAUUAUCAAGGCCGACGACCCCCAAUCAGAAGCUGAGAGGUAUAGGCGCAAGGCAUGGUCCGCAUAUCAAGAACGUUGUGACAGAGAGCAUGUAGAUUCGCCUUGCGGCAACUGUGUAUCGAGGAACAAGCAGGAUGUUUGCCGCUACGAGUCGCUCCCAGCACCACCUUCAACCUCGAAGCGGAACAAGCUUGACGGCCAGCCUAGGCUGCUGCAGAAGCAGGAGACCAGCCCCCAAGAUUCAGCCAGCCAUUUGGAGCACCUGGACUUGGGAGAAAUAUCGCCAAGCAAGGAGGCAAACUUUGGCUAUGCAAACACCACACCGGCUGGCUGCAACGGUGUUUCGACCUUGGGCUUGCUUCUCAAGAUUGACAAGGUCACGGCGUCGGGGCAGCAAGGCGACGCAGCUGACCACCUGACCCGGAUUACGGCAGAUUCGGACCGGAGGGUGUCCGACGUUGGAAUACGCGAGCGGUACAAGAGCAUACUUCGACGGCUUCCUAACCGUGAUCAUGUCGAGAGGCUUGCCGAAAUAUUCCUAGAGGAGCUCAACCCAAACUACUACCCGCUGGAGCCAGACCUGUUCCGAAACCAACUUGCCGAGUGGUACAAGGUGCAUGUCGACGUGCUGGAAAAAUCUGGACCGUACGCCCUGACGCCCGAGAUGCGCCCCUUCGGCGCGCUUCUGUUCGAGAUAAUCGCCAUCGCCCUGCUGCUCCUGCCGUCCGAGGGCCCCCUUGCCACGCACUACAAGGAGCUCAAGGAUGGCGGCGGCAUCAAAGUCGUGGACCUAGCGAUGGACUAUAGCGAGUCCGGCGUCGCCAUCCUGUCGUUGCUCGGCAAGAGGCAAAUGUCCUUGACGACGAUACAGGCCGGCUUCAUACGCGCCAAUUUUCUCAAGUACUCCGCCCUCGUCACCGAAGCGUGGCAUGCCAUCGGCAGCGUCAUCCGCGACGCGCAGGAGAUUGGACUGCAUCGGGAGGCGCUUGAGCCAAAGCCUGAAGCUGUGACAGCCGGGGACGGCGACCCUCACGCUGCUGCUGCGGCCGUUUUGAGAAACCAAUGGCACAUCCAGCAUCGCAGGCGCCUUUGGCACAUCUUGUUCAUGUGGGAUGCGCACACCGCCGCGGUGCUGGGUCGACCGACCUCGGUAGGCGAAGACGUUCAACUUCCGUUGCCGGUCGAUUGCCUCCUGCCCCGGGACCGCUCGUCGACACCUGUACAGCCAAGGAGCGCCGAUGAUCCGCCUACUCCGCUCACGCGCAUGCUUUGGGCACUUAGAGCGAUCAAGCACCUGCGCCAGAUACUGAAGCUAGAAGCCAAAGGCACGAACCCACGGAAUUUUGCAUAUGUCGACAAGCUGCAUCAGGACCUGGAGCGGCUCGAAGAUGAGAUACCACCCCAAUUCCGCCUAGAGAACCCGGAUACCUCUUUCGACGACCACCCGGAUUGCCGGUGGCUGCGUUCUCAGCGGACCCUUUUACCGCAAAUGUCGGCUUUUAACUUUAUCGUGCUACACCGACAGUAUGUUUUUACGCGAACCCAAUCCCGGACCGAGGCGCUCAAGGCGUGUCUCAAGAUGCUCGGUGCUCAGCAAAUACAAUUUGCGGCCAUGAAACCCGAGCAAUACAGGGCCUUCUCGAUAUUCUUUGGGACUUUUGACGCAGUAAUACUCCUCGCGACCCUAUACAUUGUCUUCCCCAAGGAGCAUCUAGAUCUGCUCCCGGACGCUCUUCAGCACUUCCGAUUCGCGGUAGAGCGCUUUUCGGCCCUAUCUGAAACCAACAAUCUUGCUAGGGCUGGAGUUGGGGUUUUGAGAGCGAUAUUCCAUAGAAUGAGAAAAUCGCUUACUCUUGCUGGAUCAUUGUCGUAUGAGUCUAUCGACCAGCCGUGGCACAAACCAGCAGACGCUGAAACGGUUCCUUCUUUGGCCAGCGGCAUAAACACAGUCACCAGCACUGGGGCGCGAGAAGAAGAAGGGCUCACUCUAGAAACUGCGCAUCUCCCUGGUGCUUCUGGGGCUGGAGAUGAGGACCGGUCAGGGGCACCCCUUCAGGCCCUUGGUCAGGACACGGAGGAGUGGUCUCUGCCUGUCAACUUUGACUGGUCUGCGAUACAGCCUAUUGCAGCUACCAGCGACCUUCUUUAUAACGACUUGAUGGUUGGUGGCGACUUGGAUUUCAGCGGCACCGGUGGCCAGGACGACUGGCAGCAGCCGCAAGCCUGGUGGCCGACAGAUGUUACUGUGUCCGAAAAUGAUGCCCAAGCCGUCGGCCAUGACAUUGGAUCCGGUGAUGGUCAACAAGACAUCAACUCAGCAUUGCAGUUCGAAGGUCACUUUGAGCAGGGAAGUAUCUGGAACAUGCUAAACCUCUACAACCCGCUUUAG